UGGCGUUCCUGAUGGAAUUUAACUGUGUGUAAACGCGUGAGUUCUUUAUGUAAAGCGGGAUAGCUCAAUGAAUUGGUUUGGCUUUGGCUUCAAUGGCUUUGGUCAGAUUAGCCCGGCAGAUGUGAGCGGACAGAUUGUGAAGUGUAAAGUGAACACACCAGUCCUGCUAUCAGAGAUGUGUAGAUCGUGUAUGAUCAGAUCAGACUGUAGAGUCAGAGGCAGCUGGAGCUCCAGAGCUGAUGUGCAUCACACAGACUGUGGCAGUCGUGUGUGUGUGUCAGGGUUCGUGUCUGGUUCAUCAGAGGUUCGCGGAGGCAUUUUUCCAGAGAGUCUGGGCUGCACAGACGCCCUCAUCAGUGAAAGAUACCUGACACUCAACUUCACAGACAGAGUGGAAUGCUGGGAAAUCCAGCACCCACAAAACAAGCUUGUGUGGAAGAGAGAGCAGGACCUCUCUGACAACACCGGACAUCUUGUUACGCUGCCGUUGGUGUCAGGCGGGUACGUCACACCCAAACCCCCGUUUUUCCGUCCUCUCUGCUUUAAACUCUGUGCCGUGAGCCUGGCGUUGGGCUCUGAACACGCGGUGCUGCUGACGGCAGACAGGACUGUGUACUCCUGGGGAUCUGGAAGUCACGGUCAGCUGGGUCACGGCGCUCUGACGUCACAGGAGGAACCUCAGGUGCUGGAGGCGCUGUGGGGCGUCCCGAUCAGAGCAGUGUCUGCUGGGAACUGGCACUCCGCUUCCGUCAGCACUGGUGGCGACCUGUAUAUGUGGGGAUGGAAUGAGAGCGGGCAGCUCGGUCUGCCCUCUAGAGGCCUGGAGGAGGAAAAGCUCAGAGGAAAAAGCUGUGGAAACACUGAGCAGCCCAUAAAUGAAGAUGAAAAGAAGCAAGCGGAUGUGUUUAUUUCUGUUCAAGCGUUCCCUGCUCUGGUGGACGUCCCUGAUGUGUUAGAGAUCAGCAGGAUCAGCUGUGGAUCGCGUCAUACAGCAGCCGUCAGCGGUACAGGGGAUCUGUACACUUGGGGAUGGGGCCAUUAUGGACAACUGGGACAUGGCACUGAAAAUAGCACAGAUGAGCCAACACUGGUGGAUUACUUCGCUAGCCAUCGAAUGUGUGUUAAGGAUGUUGUCUGUGGCUUAUGGAACACUUUUGUGUCUGCUGUGCCAAAAGAACAACCUCCAUCCCGACAGGAAUAGACUCUGUAUGACACUGA